CCUCGCCCUGCCUCUGCAGCCAGGGGAGGGCGGCAGGGGUGUGCGGCGCUGGGAGAUUAGUGGGGCGCCGCGGCCCCGCCUUCCACUUUCGCAUCCCGGGCACGAUGAGAGUGGGAGAUGGACCCGAGCCGGCGGGACUGGCACCAUGACAUUCGCCGGCUUCGUGGUGGCGCUUGUAAUUGGGACGAUCCCCGGAACCCGAGGGCUCGGGCUGGUCUCCUCCAACCUCCCGGCCACUCGCCGCCCACAGCCCCUCGCUCUGACCCCGUCGCCGCCGCAUCCCGCCGGCUGCCCCACUGGGGGCUUCUCCGCGGCCCAGCGCUCCUGGCCACCGGCGGUGCCAGCCCUCCCGCGGCGGGGGACGGCGGGCCGGGCGCCGCAGGGCCGCCGCAGCUCCUGCGCCCUGCCCGGCGGCGAGGGGCGGCCGGAGUGCGCUCCCGGGAGUGGCCGGGGCCGUACGGAACGAAGCCAUGCCGACUGGGAGCGAGGUUCAGUGAGACUCCAGGGUGGCAGGAAUGAGUUUGAAGGUAGAGUGGAGGUUUAUCUAAAUGGAAUCUGGGGAAUGAUCUGUGGGAACCAUUGGGACAAUAAUGAUGCAACAGUCAUAUGUCGACAGCUUGCACUUGGUGAAAAAGGUACAGCAAAACACAUACCAUUUUCUGGACUGGGCCUUAUUCCUGUUUACUGGAGGGAAGUGCGUUGUCAUGGUGAUGAAGAAAAUAUUCUGUUAUGUGAAAAAGACAUCUGGCAGGAUGGAAUGUGUCCUCAAAAAAUGGCAGCUGCUGUCACAUGUAGCUCUUCCCUGGCCCCUGUCUUUACUCCGAUCCGGCUGGCUGAUGGGAACAACGCUCAUGAAGGAAGAGUAGAAAUCUACCAUGCUGGCCAGUGGGGGACUAUCUGUGAUGAUCAGUGGGAUGAUGCAGAUGCUGAAGUUGUCUGUCGACAGCUUGGUCUUGGGGGUGUUGCCAAGGCAUGGAGCCAGGCUUACUUUGGAGAAGGCUCAGGCCCCGUGCUGUUGGAUGAAGUCCAGUGCACAGGAAAUGAACUAUCAAUAGAACAGUGUCCAAAAAGCUCCUGGCGAGAACAUAACUGUGGCCACAAAGAAGAUGCUGGUGUUUCCUGUACACCUCUUACAGAUGGUGCAUUAAGACUAACAAAUGGGAAAGGCAGUCAUGAGGGACGCCUGGAGGUCUAUUACACUGGGCAGUGGGGCACAGUCUGCAAUGAUGGGUGGACAGAGCUGAAUACACAAGUGGUUUGCCGGCAGCUGGGAUUUAAGUAUGGGAAAAGUGCACCUGCGAGCUUCUCAGAGGGAAGGUCUGUGCCCAUCUGGUUGGAUGAUGUCAGCUGCUCAGGGAAGGAAACAAACCUUCUGCAAUGCUCAAGGAGGGAAUGGGGAAAGCAUGACUGCAGACAUCAGGAGGAUGUUAGACUCAUUUGCCAUCCAGAUAAUGACAGCCAUAAACUCUCACUUGGUCCUCCCAUCAGGCUGAUGGAUGGUGAGAAUAAGAAGGAGGGACGUGUAGAGAUUUUUAUCAAUGACCAGUGGGGCACAAUUUGUGAUGACGGAUGGUCUGAUAAGGAUGCAGCUGUAGUCUGCCGACAGCUUGGCUUCAAAGGUCUGGCUAGAGCAAGGACAAUGGCUUAUUUUGGGGAGGGUAAAGGCCCAAUCCAUGUGGAUAACGUGAAAUGUAUGGGAAAUGAGAGAUCCUUGGCAGACUGCAUUAAGCAGGACAUUGGGAUGCACAACUGCCGUCACAGCGAAGAUGCGGGCGUGAUCUGUGACAGCCUAAGCAAGAAGGCCAUCGGGAACAGCAAUAAAGAUUCUUUUGCUUCUGUUUGUGGAUUGAGAUUACUACAUCGUCGACAAAAGAGAAUAAUUGGUGGCAAAAAUUCUUUACGAGGCGGCUGGCCAUGGCAGGUUGCACUUCGACUGAAAUCUUCUCAUGGUGAUGGAAGACUUCUGUGUGGUGCUACUCUCAUCAGCAGCUGCUGGGUCCUCACUGCUGCACACUGCUUUAAAAGGUAUGGCAACAACUCUCGGAAUUAUGCUGUGCGGGUUGGAGACUAUCACACACUGGUACCAGAAGAAUAUGAGGAAGAAAUUGGAGUCCAACAGAUUGUGAUGCAUAAAGAGUACAGACCCAACAGCAGCGACUAUGACAUUGCAUUAGUGAGGCUACAAGGGCCAGAGGAACAGUGUGCCAGAUUCAGUACUCAUGUCUUACCUGCUUGUUUGCCAUUAAGAAGAGAGAGACCACAGAAAACUGCUCCCAACUGUUAUAUCACUGGAUGGGGUGACACUGGAAGGUCUUAUUCAAGAACAUUACAACAGGCUGCCAUCCCCUUACUUCCCAAGAGGGUAUGUGAAGAGCGUUACAAAACAAGAUUCACAGGAAGAAUGCUCUGUGCUGGAAAUGUCCAGGAACAGAAACGUGUUGAUAGCUGCCAAGGAGACAGUGGUGGACCACUGGUGUGUGAACGUCCAGGGGAAAGCUGGGUUGUCUAUGGUGUGACCUCCUGGGGCUAUGGCUGUGGAGUAAAAGAUGCUCCAGGUGUCUACACAAAAGUAUCAUCUUUUGUACCCUGGAUAAAAAGUGUGACCAAACUAUGAAUGUCCUUAAUAAAAACCAAA